UAUAGUCUUCUUGCUCUCAAUCAAGAGAGCAAAGCAGACAGAGAAGCCAAGAGAUUGUUCAAACACAAAGCAGAGAAUGGCCGGAGGAGGUGAUGAGCUGAAGCUGCUCGGGAUGUGGGCGAGCCCGUUCGCCCUACGGGUGAAGCUCGCACUCGGCUUUAAGGGCCUCAGCUACCAGUAUGUCGAGGAGAACCUACGCAACAAGAGCGACCUCCUGCUCAAGUCCAACCCGGUGCACAAGAAGGUGCCCGUGCUCAUCCACAACGGCAAGCCUGUCUGUGAGUCACAGAUCAUCGUGCAGUAUCUCGACGAAGUCUAUAGCGCCACAGGCCCCUCCUUCCUCCCCGUCGACCCCUACGAGCGUGCCACGGCGCGCUUUUGGGCCGCCUUCAUUGACGACAAGUUCUUGGUCUCGUGGUUGAAGGCAGGCAGGGGCAAGACGGAGGAGGAGAAGGCGGAGGGGGUGAAAGAGACAUUUGCGGCCGUAGAAACCUUGGAAGGGGCAUUCAAGGAGUGCUCCAAGGGGAAGCCCUUCUUCGGCGGCGAUAGCGUCGGCUACUUGGACAUCGUCCUCGGCGCGCUGGUAGCGUGGAUGCGCACCGCUGAGGUGCGUCAUGGUAUCAGGCUCUUCGAUGCCUUCAGGAGCCCGCUCCUGGAGAAAUGGGUGGAGCGCUUCGGCAAGCUGGAGGAGGUCGUGGCGGUCAUGCCGGACAUCGACAGGCUAGUAGAGCACGCCAAGGUGAGGGAGGCCGAGGUUGCAGCAGCCGCUGUAAACAACCUGAAAACAACAGUACUGAAAAUGGCCGGAGGAAGUGAUGAGCUGAAGCUGCUGGGCAUGUGGGCGAGCCCAUUCGUUAUGCGGGUGAAGCUCGCGCUCGGCUUCAAGGGCCUGAGCUACGAGGACGUCGAGGAGGACCUCUUCGGCGGCAAGAGCGAGCUGCUCCUCAAGUCCAACCCGGUGCACAAGAAGGUGCCCGUGCUCCUCCACAACGGCAAGCCCGUCUGCGAGUCGCAGAUCAUCGUGCAGUACAUCGAUGAGGCCUUCGCCGGCACCGGUCCCCUUCUCCUCCCGAGCGACCCCUACGAACGCGCCAUUGCUCGCUUCUGGGGUGCCUACAUUGACGACAAGCUUCUGGCCUCGUUUUUACAGUCGGCCAAAGGAAAGACAGAGGAGGAAAAGGCGGAGGGGCUGAAGCAGACCCUCGUUGCGGUUGAAAACAUGGAGGGGGCCUUCAAGGAGAUCUCCAAGGGCAAGCCCUUCUUCGGCGGCGACACCGUCGGCUACUUGGACGUCACCCUCGGGGCCUUGGUGUCGUGGAUCCACGCCGCCGAGAAGAUAUAUGGAAUGAGGCUCUUUGACGCCACAAGGAGCCCACUCCUGAACGCGUGGCUGGAGCAGUUCGGCGCGCUCGACGUGGCCAAGGCGGCCCUGGCGGACGUCGACAGACUGGUCGAGUACGCCAAGAAAAGGCAGGCCGAUCAGGCUGCAGCUGAAGCCUCGUCGAACAACUAAAAAUUUGUUUUACCGACAUUUGUGUCUGAGGAAGAUAUGGAGAUCUGCAAAAUUCAGGCUACCCAAUGUCGUUGUUGUCGUCUGUGUUACUGGCAGAUCAGAAAUAAAGAGCGAGGAUGGGCUUUGUUUUCUACGUUUUGGUUUGUAUGAGUCAGUAGUGUCGCAAGUAUAAUGUAUUCGAUCUUGCCAUCCUGAAAUUUCUUUUCAGCAAUAGUUUAUGAGCCCGGGGUAGCAAUAUUACGUACGAAACAUACGUGUAAAAAUUCAAGGGUAAAUUUAAGCCCCCACUGCAAUCAAAAUUUCUAACUUUA